AUGGAUACCAGCUCCCAGAUCUCUCGCCUAGGGGCACUGCACACGUUUAAGCAGUGCCCAUGGACACGUCGGCUAGUGGAACUCCUGCUAUUCAAUUCUGUAAUAUCCCAGAUCAAGCCCUUGCAGCCGUUGUCACUUCCAGCAUACCCACAUUUCCAAGACAACAACGGCAUUGCUUGGGGACACCAGUCCCGGAGAGUUUCCCUUGUCCGCCAAUCCCUCCAUUGUUCUUCAUGUCCUUACGGGGCAACAUGUUCCUCUUCAGCAGCCUGCACAAUUUGCCCCGAUCAUGAGUUGUGCUUACCAGAGCUCGCUGCUCUUGACAUGUGCCAAAAGAGAGCCAUAUUCAGACCAAUGAUGGCCGAAGAACGCCAAGAAGACUGA